GUCGGGAAUCAAAUCGUUCCCUGGCGUCGAAUCCGGGCUGAUUCCUGUUCGACAGAAACUAUGUUGGGUUGAAUGAAUCUCUAUACUGACUAUCCUACAUCUUUCCUCACACGUUUAGCUAUUAGCCUCAGUUUAGUAUUGCUUGCGACUACAAAGCUCGCUUGAGAGACCUUGUAGUUAGGCCGUCGACGAGAAAUCAACGAAUAUUCCGCGCGGGUUUUUGUUCAAUUUUCCUCAGAGAUGCGUUAAUCAAUACUUCCGAUACGCUUCACGCUGCGCGAACGCAGUAUCGACCAAAAUUUGUCGCAGCGACUUGGAUUUAUUCGGGAACAGGUUUUGGCCGGCACAAAUUUGUAGGACGUUAUACCCUCGCAGCGAAAGACGGUGAACCUGCGAACCUAAUCGCAGCGACGACUGUAAUUCCCCUCUCGACGGUUUGACGACCGCCGUCGUUGGGUAUGGCCAUGAUGGACCCGAGCGCUUGGAAUGGACAAGACCAGCCCAUGUCCUCAGGUGGUGAAGAUGACUUCCAACAAUUCCUCGAGAUGGGAGGCAUGUCCAAUUUAGGAGAUAGCCUACAAUUUGAUUUCCACGACUUCAGCGGCGUCAAUGGCGCCUCCAUAAUGCAUCAACCCCACGGCGAUUCUAUUGAUACUCCAAUGAGCAACACGAAUAUACCAACCAUCAUCGCGAGAAAUGACAUGGGGCCGCAGAGCCAGAUAUCUCCGAUGACGACUGCUCCGAAUCACGCGGGAAUUCCAACCCAAAUGAUGCCUCCGCACCACACAUCCUCUGACGCUAUCUCCGAGAUAGAUGCGCAGAUACAAUUUCUACAACAGCAGAGGCUACAGCAGCAAAGGAGACAGUUAGAGGAACAACAGAGGCAGUUCCGAGAACAGCAAGCCGCCUUCUACGCUCAGCAGCAGAGGAGCAUGGUACCGCCGACGCCGCAGAGCCUUGAGAUACAGGCAGCAAACCAAUUUUUUGCCUCGCAAGACCAAGCGCACUCCUCAGGCAUGUUCGAUGCGUAUCACCAACAUCUAAAAGAGCCACAAGAUAUGGCUUUCACCCCGCUGGUGUCUCCUGCGGUGACGCCACUUGAGCCUCAUUUUCCAGUUGAUCCUGGAUUUUCUCAGUCAGGACCCUACUUUAGCCCCUUGACCUCUCCUGCGCUACAUGCGCAAAACGAGUCUACGUCCACAUUCGAUCAUACGCAUUCGGGUCACACUACAAAUUCUCCCAUCGAGAUGGAAAUUGAGCCGACUCCAGCCCAAGGCAGCACAGCAAACUUAUCGAAGAAAGUACGAAAGACCAAUGCUACUAAGGCCAGGAAGUUGAAUGUUCGACAGUCUCCGAUUACCAAACCUCAGAGGCGCAAGACGGCUUCAACUCCCAUAAUGAACGCUCAGAUUCUCAGUGAAUUAACCGAAUCUGCAGCCGAGGGCUCAGAACAUCCUCCGCAGCCCAAGUCAGUUUCCGCAGCGUCGACGGAAGAGUCGGAGAAUGCUUCAGUAUCCCCAGAAGCUCUUGAAAUGCCGCCUCCGCCGCUUCCUCCGCCGCGUUCCGCUAGGCAAUCCCCGUAUAUUCAGCCGCAAACUAACGGGAGCGCGGCGCCUUCGUCAUUACCUACUUCUUUAGGUGGAAAGCCGUCGCCGGCGACUCCGGCUUCGCUUUUUAGAAUAUCACCGAAGAGCAAGUCGGCUGAUUCGAAUAACCCCGAACACAGCAGUUCUGAAAACAUAGAAAGCUUCGAACUUCCCGAGUCGGUUAACUUUUCCAAACCAGACUUGCCUUUAAUCGAUACUCAACUACAGGUGGAACCGUCUACUGAAGUAGAGAAGGCAAAGACGUCCACGUUUCACUCUCUUCCGUCUCCAGUUCUUCCCAAGCCGACGCACUCGGCAACAGCUUCGGCGACGCAGAGUCCCCAGCUUACUCCUAAAUCCACUACCCCUAAUCCUAGAAAGACUCCGUUGAUAGCUCCGAGAGGUCCCAAGAAGAGGCCUAGCAUUAGUUCUGUGUCGCCGGCUCUAAGACCAAAAAUCUCACCAAAUAUCAAACCACUACUCCCCGGGACGCCUGGCUUAUCUGCAGAAGAUUCCGCGUCAAGAUUGCUGGCAACUAAAUCGAAUUAUCAGAACAUACUGGAAGGGAAUACCGUCCCAGGAGUUUCGUAUCCAAGCGAGCUAUCCACAAAUCUAACUUCGAAACGGACUUCACACAAAAUUGCAGAACAAGGCCGUCGAAAUCGUAUCAACUCUGCCCUCCAAGAGAUUGCAACUUUGCUGCCGAAGAAUGUCGCCAAAGACUUAAGUGAAGGCGACGGCGAGGCUGGGAGUGGGGAUAAGAAGGACGGCAAGCUAUCCAAUACCCCGAAUAGUAAGGCUAGCACAGUAGAGCUGGCAAUCGUAUAUAUCAAACAAUUGCAACAAGAGAUAGCCGAAGCGAACAAGAGAGCAGACGAAGCCGAGAAAAAGCUCGAGGAGAAAACGACGGCGAGUUGACGGGUAGCCGAAAGACGAGAACCGAGAGGCAGAACCUCUGUUCACUAAAAGGUUAACAUAUAUGUUGGUUUGCGUUUACUUGUUAUACCGUUGUCGCACCAGCUUGCUAUAUUAUAUGAAUAGAGGGCAAGUUGGGAGGCGAUAUUCUUCUAUAGGAAGAAUAUUAUAUGAAGAUCCCUAGUUAGUUCUAUCACCUAAUGAAGCUAAAAUGUACUGUCAUAUAUAUACCGGGUACCUACAUAUGAGGUAUACUUUGAGGGAUAGCGGCGCAUUUAUAUAGAAUUAAAGGAAGGGAGAUGGGUAUUGUUGUAGUAGUAGCAGUUGUAGUAGUAGAGAGCAUGAGCAUCACGACGAUCAUGCAGGACACGUUACGGAGGGAACUGAAAGCUUCUUGUACUUGUUUAUUGAUGUAUGUACUAUUUUGUAUGUACUAUUUCAUGUAUGAUGUAUGAUAUAUUAUGAUAUGUGCAGAGAGAAAUACUCCGAUGGAGUUUUGUUUACUUUUUUUCGUCUAGGCAAUCAACACUAUAAAUUACAGAGUCGUUGGGCCAAUCAAUUUCUCUCCGGUACAAUGAUAGGUCCCUACCUAAUCCUAGCAAGGCUUACGGAAUACAUGAAAAGAUGAUGCAGCCUGGAAAUUAGGAGGUAUGAUUGGACGAGGCGAGCAUCCUGGCAUCGAAGCUCCUAGCCCUAGGUGGUACCUGCCUCAGGCAAAUUUAUGGGGCUUGAAUGUAACACAAUG